GUGGUUCAGAUUGCAGAGGACGAUCAUGAUGCUCUAGAAGUGCUAGCUUUCUCGGGGUCCUACGCUGGAAAGCUUGAAGAGCGAAGAGAGAUAGAGAAUGUGGAAGUGGAGGACGCCUCUAAGAUCUCAGAAAGGCAAGAAGAGCAGAAGAUUGCAGAGGACAAGCGUAAAGGCAUCAAUGAGGGCAGUGACGAAGCUCUACAGCCAAUCGACAGUCCAGAGCCGGAAGCCAAGAAGUUGAAGCAGACAGUGAUUAAGCCAGUUCAUGAACUACAAGGCUCAAUAGCAUCAGAAGCGAAGAGGAUGAAGCCAAGUGAAGAAUCUCAUCAAGAGAGACGAGUGAUGGAGACUCAGGUUGGAGAUGAUGUUUUUGCACACCAAGACGAAGUGUUGAGCAAAGAGGAGAUUGAAGCUUGGUUGAUGGAGGCCGAAGAGUGGAAGAAUGAAUCACAGCACCAACUUCCAGAAGAGCUGUGGUCAUCCGCUGAUCUUGACACAGUACCUCCAGAUCCUCCAAAACGGAUUGAUGAUCUUGCAGAGGCAGUGGAGGAAGAGAGACUGCAGAGGAUGAAGGUGUUGGAGCGGAUUGAGAAGAGAAGCCCUGACCACAAGAACCUCACUACACGCUUUGUGAGAGAUUGGAGGAUGAAAUCACGGCCAGACACAGGUGAGAAGAUGUGGCUGAGGAGAUCCAGCCUGGUUGCACGCGAGUAUGCCAACGAUGUGCGCAUGGAAGUGCAUAGUCCAGCUUCUCCAUGA